AUGUACGACCACGAUGAUCCGAGCAACCCCUCCCACCAGCCGGCUCUGGACAGUCCAUCGUCUGAUAGACCGCCCCAAUUCAAGUGGAGGAAUUGUGGCUACGACUGCGGAGAAGGGUGCGAGAAGGCCAGCGACGACGAAGGAGGUGGUGGAGUGAGCGACGACGAGACAGCCGUUGAUGCAGACGAAGAACCAUACUUGAUGACCGUGUCUCACGAUGAGGAUAUCAGAGUUUUCCAAGAUGCAGACGGCACCACGACCCAUUCUUCAGACCUAGACCCCACAGAUACGGCCCAAGACUGUGCUGCCACGUCCGACAGCAUGGUCGUCGAACCUUGCCACGCCGUUGCCUAUUGA